AUGCUCUCUUCUCGAUUGUCUCGCGCGCUCCCUCGCGCUACCUCAUCGUUCGCCCGCUCUAAUGCUUUCAAGAUUCCCUCCACGGCUUUCAGAAGAUGGGAAUCCACGGAGAGCUCCGAAAAGGUCAAGGGCGCGGUCAUCGGUAUUGAUCUUGGCACAACCAACUCUGCCGUUGCUAUAAUGGAAGGCAAAACCCCAAAAAUCAUUGAAAACUCCGAAGGUCAACGAACUACCCCAUCUGUUGUUGCGUUCACAAAGGAAGGCGAGAGACUUGUCGGUAUUGCUGCCAAGCGACAGGCUGUUGUCAACCCAGAGAACACCCUUUUUGCCACGAAACGUCUCAUCGGACGAAAAUUCUCUGAUGCGGAGUGCCAGCGCGACUUGAACGAAGUCCCUUACAAGAUUGUCCAACACACUAAUGGUGACGCUUGGGUUGAGGCUCAUGGCCAGAAAUAUUCUCCCUCUCAAAUUGGUGGAUUUGUCCUUCAGAAGAUGAAGGAGACCGCCGAGGCCUACCUGAACAAGCCCGUGAAGAACGGUGUUGUCACCGUCCCCGCCUAUUUCAAUGACUCUCAGCGCCAGGCUACCAAGGAUGCUGGUCAGAUUGCCGGUCUCAACGUUCUUCGUGUCGUUAACGAACCCACUGCCGCUGCCCUCGCCUACGGUCUUGAGAAAGAGCAAGACCGUGUGGUCGCUGUCUAUGAUCUUGGUGGUGGUACCUUUGAUAUCUCCAUUCUUGAAAUUCAAAAGGGUGUCUUCGAGGUGAAAUCUACCAACGGUGAUACCCAUCUUGGUGGUGAGGACUUCGAUAUCACUCUCGUCCGCAACAUCGUUCAACAAUUCAAAAAGGAUAGCGGUCUUGACCUCUCGGGAGACCGGAUGGCCAUCCAGCGCAUUCGUGAAGCUGCUGAGAAGGCCAAGAUCGAACUCUCCUCCGCUCUGCAGACCGAUAUCAACCUUCCUUUCAUUACUGCCGAUGCCUCUGGCGCCAAGCAUAUCAACACGAAGAUGACUCGCGCCCAAUUGGAGUCUCUCGUUGAUCCUUUGAUCUCAAGGACUGUCGAGCCUGUGCGCAAAGCAUUGAAGGAUGCUAACCUCCAGGCCAAGGACAUCCAAGAAGUCAUUUUGGUCGGUGGUAUGACCCGUAUGCCCAAGGUCACCGAGUCCGUCAAGAGCAUCUUUGGUCGUGACCCCGCCAAGUCCGUCAACCCAGAUGAAGCUGUUGCCAUUGGUGCUGCCAUCCAGGGUGCUGUCCUUGCUGGUGAAGUUACUGACGUCUUGCUUCUCGAUGUUACUCCCCUCUCCCUCGGUAUCGAGACCCUUGGUGGUGUCUUCACCCGAUUGAUCAACCGCAACACCACCAUUCCCACCAAGAAGUCUCAGACAUUCUCUACUGCCGCAGACUUCCAGACUGCUGUCGAGAUCAAGGUUUACCAGGGUGAGCGUGAACUUGUCAAGGACAACAAGCUGCUUGGAAACUUCCAGCUUGUUGGCAUCCCUCCCGCGCACCGUGGCGUUCCUCAAAUCGAAGUCACCUUUGAUAUCGAUGCCGAUUCCAUCGUCCACGUCCACGCCAAGGACAAGUCUACGAACAAGGACCAGUCUAUCACCAUUGCUUCUGGCUCCGGUCUCUCCGACUCGGAGAUCCAGAACAUGGUUGAAGAUGCCGAGAAAUUCCGUGCCCAGGAUAGUGAGCGCAAGGCUGCCAUCGAAGCUGCCAACCGUGCCGACAGUGUUCUGAACGACACUGAGAAGGCUCUUAAGGAAUUCGAGGACCGCCUUGACAAGACGGAAGCCGACCAGAUCAAGGAGAGAAUCGCCACUCUCCGUGAAUUCGUUGCCAAGAGCCAGUCUGGCGAAGGCACUGCCACCGCUGAAGAACUCAAACAGAAGGUCGAUGAGCUCCAAACCGCCAGCUUGACCCUCUUCGACAAGAUGCACAAGGCUCGUCAGGAGGAGACCAACCAACAGCAACAAUCCCAGGCUGGCGAAUCCUCUGGCGAAGAGAAGAAGCCAUGA